GACGGGUGGUUGGGGUUCUGUGCUCGAGUUCUGUCCUCGGAGUUGCGUCCGUUGGUGUCUCCCGGCCAUGAAGGUGAUCCCCGCCGCCUCCGCCGUCUCCCCCGGCCCUAGCUGCUCUCUCAAGGGCGCGGGGGGCGACCCUUUGCCGCGGUGUCUCUCGGAGCAGAGCGUGUCGUUGUCCCGCGUGGGCAGCCCCUCUUCCCGGGGUUUGCCCCUCGGCCCGGAUCAAGCGGCCGCUGCCGCCGCUGCCUCGCUGCUACUGGACAUGAAAGGCUGCUACUCGCGCCUGGCCGCGCUGGUGCCCACCUUACCUCGCCAUCGCCGCGUCUCCAAAGUGGAGAUCCUCCAGCACGUGAUCGAUUACAUUUGGGAUCUCCAGCUCGAGCUGCAGGACCCACUGGGUACCGGGGCGCCCCCUCCGCGGGGCGUGGACGAGCCGGCCGGAGGAGCCGAGCCUGCUUGCGUUAGCUCGGACGACCGGAUCUUGUGCCGCUGAAGAAGCCUGCCGGAAGAUCCGUUUGUGAAACGCCUUCCUUAUAUCCCUCCAAUGGCUGGGAAAGUGGGGCGCUUCGGUGGUGAUGUGGUUGGUGAUGAUGUCUGUCUGCCUCUACCCCAUUUCCUUCGCUGGAUGGCAAGAUGAAAACUGGGUUUUUGGGAGGUCAAGACACGACGGGGAAUCCUUGUCCGUCGCUCCGGUGCUUUUAAUCCCAGAUGGGACCGACUUGCUAGACUUGGACUCAAAAUAGUACCAUCCCGCAUCUCUUUUUAACGUCUUGAUGGGACCGUGCCUUUUUUUUUUCCUUUUCUGCUUUCUUUAAAAGCAGGGACUUAAAUACCCGAUGCGAAUAUUUCUCAGUUUUCUGAGAAUUGACUGUAUUGUAUAUUACAAUGCUCCUUAUUUCUGAGAAUAUUUUUCUACUGUUGUUUUGCUAUUGUUAGGGAAUCAAAUGCAUUAUGUGCUGUGAAAAA